GUUAAAAACCUCUGCAAAUUGGGAUUUCAUAAAUGUUGAUUCUGUCACAAUUUCUCGUACCUUCGAAGCCCAUUUCUGUUCUAACUAUUCGAGCUUCUAUGGAAUUCAACGACCCCCAAAAAACCGACCCAAAUAAGAAAAAAGUGCUCGUUUGCGGGGGCGGAGUGAUCGGAGUUUGCACCGCUUACUUUCUAUCCAAGAAAGGCGCUGCAGUUACUCUAAUUGAGCAAUCAUCAAUUGCCUGUGCAGCGUCAGGAAAAGCUGGCGGGUUUUUAGCACUUGAUUGGUGCGACGGUGGACCUGUAUCCGCCCUCGCACGUGCCAGCUUUGAUCUCCACCAUUCACUUGCUGAAGAACUGAACGGUGGAGAAGGGUAUGGAUACCGCCCAGUAGAUACACUUAGUCUAUCCGUGUCGGAGUCUGACACCCCGACACGUGGACGGAAGUCAACGCUUCUGUCUUGGAUAGAUGGCCCAGCUAAAAGCCCAAAAACUAUAGGGACGAAAGAAACUACGGCCCAAGUUCACCCGCAGUUGUUUACUAAAAGGUUGAUAGAAAAAGCUGUGGCGGAAUAUGGGGUGGAGGUUGUUAUUGGGAAAGUGAAGAGUGUUGAGACUAGUGAUGGAAGAGUGACGGCGGUGGUGGACGGUGGUGGUGUGAUUGACGGUGAUGCGGUGGUGUUGGCACUUGGGCCGUGGACUAGUAAGUUUACUAUGUUAGCGGAGAUUAUUCAUGUUCAUGGGCUUAAGGCCCAUAGUAUAGUUUUGGAGCCCAAAGAAAUGGAUGCUAUUUCGGCCCAUGCAUUGUUUCUUAGUUAUUAUCCGGCUCAAGGUGGACCUCCUAUGGAUCCUGAAAUUUAUCCUCGUCCCACAGGGGAGGUGUACGUAUGCGGAAUGUCUUCCCAGGAAGAGGUUCCUGAUGAUCCAGAACAGAUUGAACCCGACCCAGAUUCUAUCAAAGUUCUAAAACGGGUGGCAGGUACAGUGUCUAGUCAUUUAGGGGAAGAAGCUAGAGUGAAAGCAGAGCAAGCAUGUUUCUUGCCUUGUACAGAUGACAGCAUUCCCGUGAUAGGUGAGAUUCCAGGCAUGAAGGGGUGUUAUGUGGCGACAGGACACAGCUGCUGGGGAAUUCUGAACGGGCCAGCCACCGGAGCUGCCAUGGCUGAGCUGGUCAUGGAUGGUUGCUCCACCAUUGUAGAUCUUAGUAAGUUUAGUCCUGCUCGAUUUGUUCGAGGGAGAGGAAGAAGAAAUGCAUAAAUGGUUGAUAUCGAUCAAUUUAUGUAAAUUGUAUUGUUGUUUUCCAUCCUCAUUGGUACAAUAAUAGCCUAAUUUCACUCCACUAAUAACAUAGAACUUUAAACUUA